AUGAAGGCCAGCGGUGGAGUUGUGUUCGGAGGUCCACGCGCCGCCGCUUCUUGUCCUGGACUCUUCCGCCGCUGCAUGCCAACAUUUCGGUGCUACACCUCUUCCUCUCCUGAUCAUGUUUCAUUCAUCAAAGAAGUGGCAGCAACUGAACCUCCACAGCAUUUAAAUAAUCUUCUGAAAAUGCUUAAGGUUAGAGGCGAAACAAUUAUGUCUCCAGGGGCCAAGCAAGGGUUAAUCCCUCUUGCUAUUCCUUUGUCUGAAAACAGCUCAGGUUCCGUAAUCUCUUUGCUACGAUGGCCCACUGCUCCGACUGGAAUGGAGAUGCCUGUUGUGGAAGUACGAAAGCAUGGAUUAUGGCUGUUAGCAAAGAAUGUGGAUCAAUACAUUCACAGACUCUUGGUAGAAGAAGACACUAAAAGUUCUGAAGAUAGAAAUGACGAAUUAUUUCAUGCCUCUGCUGAUGUCGGAGAGCAGCUAUACAAAAAGGGCGACUUUGUUACAUCUGGGAUUUCAAGUCUAGACAUAUAUAUUUUGAAGAAGGUUGGGUUGUUUCCAGACAUUUUAGAGCGCAAGGUCAGGAGUCAUUUUGAAAAGGGGGACCAUGUUUCAGCCUUGGUGACUGGGGAAUUCUACACCAAGAAGGAGCAUUUUCCAGGAUUUGGACGGCCUUUUGUUUUUAAUGCUGAAGUGUUGUUAAAGGUUGGACGAAAUUGGGAAGCUAAAGAUUCUGCUAGGGUGGCUUUGAAAUCACCAUGGUGGACUUUAGGCAGCGAGUACCAUGAAGUUGCCAGUAUUGCGCAAUGGGACGAUGAACAAAUCGAGUUCAUAAAGGAGAAGGUGUCGGAGGAGGGGCGGAGAGAAGAUUUAAAGAAGGGAAAAGAACCUGCUCAGGUUGCUCUUGAUGAAGCUGCUUUUUUGUUGGAUCUGGCUUCGGUAGAAGGCACCUGGGAUGAUGACUUGGAGCGAAUCGCUGCUUGUUAUGAGGAAGCUGGGCUUCAUGACAUUGCCAAAUUUGUGUUAUACAGAGAUUGA